AUGGACAAGAAGGUCGUAGGUCUUUUGGGAGGUGGCCAACUUGGCCGUAUGUUCGUCGAGGCUGCGAACCGUCUCAACAUCCAAGUCAACAUUUUGGACGCAGCAAAGUCACCCGCAAAGCAAAUCAGCAGCCAUGAAGGCCACUUUGAAGGAUCAUUCAAGGACCCGGAAGCCAUUGAAAAACUAUCAAAAACUUGCGAUGUUGUCACUGUGGAAAUCGAGCACGUGGACACUCAAAUUCUGGAAAAGAUCUCAUCUCAGGUCGCUGUGGAACCCAGCUGGAAGACUAUUCGCAUGAUCCAGGACAAGUACGCACAAAAGGAGCACCUUCAAGAGUACAAUGUUGCUACUGCACAAUCUAUCCCUCUGGCUGGAGCUACUACUGAGGAUUUGGAGAAGGUCGGUGAGCAGAUUGGUUUCCCGUUCAUGCUCAAGUCACGCACAGAGGCAUACGAUGGCCGUGGAAACUUCCCUGUCAAGUCAUCUGCCGACUUUGACGCUGCACUGAAGGCUCUUGGAAGCCGUCCUUUGUAUGCUGAGAAGUGGGCCAACUUCAAGGCUGAGUUGGCAGUUAUGGUUGUUAAGACCAAGGAUGGUGUUCUGGCUUACCCUACUGUCGAGACCGUUCACGAGGACAGCAUCUGCAAAUUGGUGUACGCUCCUGCUCGUAACGUCUCUAAGAAGGUACUUGAGCAGGCCCAAGAAUUGGCCAAGAAGGCUGUCGCUUGCUUCUGGGGCAAGGGUGUCUUUGGUGUCGAGAUGUUCCUUCUCGAUGACGACAGUCUCUUGAUCAACGAGAUUGCUCCUCGCCCUCACAACUCUGGUCAUUACACUAUCGAAGCAUGCCCGAUCUCUCAGUACGAUGCCCACUUGCGCUCAAUCUUGGAUAUCCCUAUCCAACAAUCCGAGCUACGCAUCAGAGAGCCUUCCAUCAUGCUCAACAUCCUUGGUGCUUCUACUCCCGAAUCAGCGGUCCAGAUCGCUGAGCGUUCCAUCGCUGCCGGUGUCGGUGCUUCCAUCCAUCUGUACGGCAAGGGCGACUCUCGCGCCAACAGAAAGAUGGGCCACAUGACCCUCACAGCACCCACCAUGCGCGAAGCCGAAAAGGCUAUGCAACCCCUCCUCGACAUCACCGACGACGUCCGCGGCAGAAAGAGCAAGCCUCUCUCCGACUCCAAGCCCGCUGGUCAAGCCAAAGAUGCAGUCGUUGGUGUAAUCAUGGGCUCUCACAGCGAUAUGCCUGUCCUCCAAGCCGGCAUCAACAUCCUCAAGACCUUGAACAUUCCCUUCGAGACUCACAUUACCUCUGCUCACCGCACUCCCGACUGGAUGUCCGAGUAUAUUCACGGAGCCAUGCCUCGCGGCAUUCAAGUCCUCAUCGCCGCUGCCGGUGGCGCCGCCCAUCUUCCCGGUAUGGCUGCCUCUCACACCGCCAUCCCUGUCAUCGGUGUCCCUGUCAAGCCCACCAUCGGCGAUGGCACGGACUCUGUCCUCAGUAUCUUGAACAUGCCUCGUGGUGUCCCCGUCGCUACUGUGGGUGUUAACAACAGCACCAACGCUGCUCUGCUUGCUGCUCGUAUCGUUGGCCUCAAGGAAGGUCAGAUCCAAAAGGCUUUGAUCGAGUAUGCUGACAAGUCUACCGCUGAGGUCAUGGAGCGUGAGGCUGCUAUGAAUGAGCAGGGCUGGGAUGCUGUUUUUGAGCAGUGGCACGGUGCUGCUAAGAAGUAG